CGCACUAGUCUCAGCCAGACAGUCGACCGAGAGGAUUUGAGAAGGAGCCAUUGAAAUUUGACCGCUCCUCCACCUUGUUUUUCUUCCGCUUUAAUAGUCACUCAACAUCCGAAGUCAGCAUGCGCGAGAUCGUGCACCUGCAAGCGGGCCAGUGUGGAAAUCAGAUCGGAGCGAAGUUCUGGGAAGUGAUCAGUGAUGAACACGGCAUUGACCCCACUGGCAGCUACCAUGGAGACAGUGACCUGCAGUUGGACCGCAUCAGUGUUUACUACAAUGAAGCCUCUGGGGGAAAGUACGUCCCUCGUGCCAUCCUUGUGGAUCUAGAGCCAGGAACCAUGGACUCUGUCCGCUCCGGUCCUUUUGGGCAGAUAUUCAGACCUGACAACUUUGUUUUUGGUCAAAGUGGAGCUGGUAAUAACUGGGCUAAGGGUCACUAUACGGAGGGAGCCGAACUGGUGGACUCCGUGAUGGACGUGGUCCGUAAGGAAGCCGAGAGCUGUGACUGUCUGCAGGGUUUCCAGCUCACGCAUUCGCUGGGAGGAGGAACAGGCUCCGGCAUGGGAACUCUCCUGAUUAGCAAGAUCCGCGAAGAGUAUCCCGACCGCAUCAUGAACACCUUCAGCGUGGUGCCGUCUCCCAAAGUUUCGGACACGGUGGUGGAGCCCUACAACGCCACUUUGUCUGUGCAUCAGCUGGUGGAGAACACGGAUGAGACGUUCUGCAUUGACAACGAGGCCCUGUACGACAUCUGUUUCCGCACUCUGAAACUCACCACGCCCACGUACGGCGACCUCAACCACCUCGUCUCGGCCACCAUGAGCGGCGUCACCACCUGCCUGAGGUUCCCCGGACAGUUGAACGCCGAUCUUCGCAAACUGGCAGUCAACAUGGUGCCAUUCCCUCGUCUGCACUUCUUCAUGCCUGGGUUUGCUCCUCUCACCAGCAGGGGGAGCCAACAGUACCGCAUGCUCUCUGUCCCAGAGCUCACCCAGCAGAUAUUUGAUGCUAAAAACAUGAUGGCUGCAUGCGACCCACGCCACGGCCGCUACCUGACCGUGGCUGCCAUUUUCCGCGGCCGCAUGUCAAUGAAGGAGGUGGACGAGCAGAUGCUGAAUAUCCAGAACAAGAACAGCAGCUACUUCGUGGAGUGGAUCCCCAACAACGUCAAGACCGCCGUCUGCGACAUUCCACCUCGUGGUCUCAAAAUGUCUGCAACAUUCAUCGGCAACAGCACCGCCAUCCAGGAGCUGUUCAAACGCAUUUCAGAGCAGUUCACAGCCAUGUUCCGCCGCAAGGCCUUCCUGCACUGGUACACUGGAGAGGGCAUGGAUGAGAUGGAGUUCACCGAGGCCGAGAGCAACAUGAACGACCUGGUGUCCGAGUACCAGCAGUACCAGGACGCCACUGCAGAGGAGGGAGAUUUUGAGGAAGAGGGCGAAGAUGAGGGUGCCUAAUCGCUGUCUCUUCCAUCUUAGCUGCCUCCAUUUUUUGAUUCAUAUGCCACCAGAGGUGUAAGGUCCAGGGGCCAAAGAGUAAAAGUCCUGCCAUGAACUGACUUAUCAACUGAAAAAAAAAAAAAAAAACAUUGCCACCAUAAUUGUGGUCAGUGUUUGCUUUAGUUGGCCUCUUGAGCCUUUUAGUAAUUCAAAGAAAGUUGCUUCUAAGCAAUUGCAAUAUUGUUUCACAACAAACAUUUUUGCAAUGCUAAAUCAAACCUUGAAGUAGCAGCUUAGUUUAUGCUUUUGAUUAACUUGAUGUUUAAAUCUCUCUGGUUUAUUAACUAUGUUUGAUUGUUAAAGAAAAAAAAACUUUUAAGCAAAUGCCACCAUAAUGCUUCAAUAUUGAGAAAAAAAAAUCCUGUUUAGGAUGAGGCUUUUAGACAUGAACAUUUAUCAUAUGAUCCUCAACAGUGGUGACAAUAAUUAUUCAUACUGCAUUGCAGCAUGAAGCAUUUUGUUGAUGGUCACCAUUUUUGAGAUUCAUAUGCUGGUUCUUGAUGUCUGUGUGUGUCUAAAUAGUGCUGGAGAUAUAAAAUUAAUUAAUUUUAACUAUUAGAGAAACACUUUGCUUGCAUGCUGUAGUGUCACAGAGUUGAUUGUGCAAAACCUAAGCAUAUAAAUGAAAUCAAUCAUGGUGACUAUCUGAUCACUGCACAACACCACAUGCGUUGCUGCAGAGAGAGAUUUAACACAGGAGUCAAGGGUCAAGAGCCCAACUAAAGCAAACACUGAUCUCCAUGAUGGUGGUAUCAGUUUAACCAAUAAAACAUCAACAUCUGAUCCUCUGUGAUUCUCAAUAUCUGCAGGUGUUCAUCACAAACGCACAAUCAACAUUUAAUUAGUCUCUUAAUUAUAUCAUUAACUUUAACUAUUUGAGGACUUGGGAUUUGACUCGAGACUCGUUUGCGACUUGAAAGGAAUGACUUUGUUCAUGGGUGGAAUAAACACAUGGCAGGACUUUCACUCUUUGGCCCCUGGACUAUCCACCUCGGUUGGUAAGUGAGCAGAAUUUGUGAUCAAUAGAGUCUAGCUGGCUAGUGAUGUCUUUUUUGGUUUUAUUUUUAGUUUGACUCAAAAAGUGUGCACUACUACCUUUGUUUUGACAGUUCUGUAUUAUAAAUAUGGCACAACAAUAAAUGCUUAAGAAAAAGA